GAUUUUACACAAGCAGAGGUGAUGUCCCACCAUUUACUAAAGAAACUGCGAAUUUCAAAGUGAAAAAAGCGCAAAAUUUGUGGAAUACUAAGGAUCCGUAUAAAGUUGUUAAUGCCUAUACUAAAAAUUCUAUCUGGCGUAAUCGCGAUAAGUUCUUUACCGGGCACGAAUCAAUCAUUAAGUUCUUGAAGGACAAGUGGUCAAAGGAGUUGGAUUAUAAAUUAAGGAAGGAGUUGUUUUCGUGGACGGAUAAUAAGAUUGCAGUUGAGUUUUGGUACGAGUAUCAUGAUAAUCAGAGGCAGGCAAUUGAAUAUGAUCUAACAAGUCCUUCUUUUUUCCUCGCAGCCUACGGUAUCGAGCAUUGGACUUUUGAUAAGGAAGGAAUCAUGCAACUUCGGCAAAUGAGCGCAAACGACAUUCAUAUCACUGAAGAAGAGCGUUGGUUUAAAGAUGGUGUCGAUGUUGAUGACGUUGAAGUUCCAAUUUAG